UUUGGGAACGUCGUGCAUGAUAAUAACAGAGUAGCUCACUUUUUCUAUGUUCGGAAUAUUUAUUUUGAGGUGUUUGUUAAGUAUGAGUUACAGGAGUGGAGAGAUGGACUGGCGGUGGAUAGUUUUCACACUGUUUUUGAACUUUCACUUCACUUACGGGUCUCCCUCCUCCUAUGACUUGUUCCAAGGGUCUGCAUACACUGGAGUGGUACACAGACACAGAAACAGGAACUGGUGUGCCUAUGUGGUGCGCAAGAACGUGAGCUGCGCUGUGCAGGGGAGUGUGGAGAGCUUCCAGGAGCCCGUAGUGGCCCCCUGCCCAGCCUACCAGCCGGACUGCCAGCAACAAGUGACAUACCAAAAUCGGUUUCGACCUACGUACAAGAUUGCUUUCAAGACAGUCACAGAGUUAGAGUGGAGAUGCUGUCCUGGUUACCAAGGCCUGGACUGUAGGGAUUUAAAACCACCCCCAGACCGACAAACAGUCCAGGGAACGCAGCCUUACCUCCCACCAAAUCCUGGAUAUACAACCAGACACACACAGAGGCCAGAGCGGAGAGAGACAGGGCACCAUGAGACAAGGCAUGGUGGGACAGAUAAGGUGCGUCUUCUCGAAGGUGAGGUUCAGCGCCUGUCUCAGACAGUCCUGGAUCUCCAGUCUGCUUUGACAGGAUUAACCGACAACAUCCACGCAGGCCUGCAGGAAGACACAAAGAAGAUACUUGUGACGCUUCUCAACAACACACUUCCACCAGACAGUGCUACGGCUGCAGGCACAGAGGACAGCCCGGCAGUGCUGGAUGGUCACCAAGCUACUAGAGGGGGGAUUGCCGGAGACAAGGCUCUAGAAAAAAUAGUGUCCCGUUUGGAUGAUAUCAACGUUGAACUGAAAAGCAAGGAUGAAGCUUUGGAAGACCUGAGAGGAGCCAUGUCAAGUCACGAUGGGCAAAUCCGCGUCCUGAUGGAUUCAUCUCAAUCUACGACUCUAACAAUAGCCGAGUUUGAUGUUAUACAGAAUAUGAUUGAUGGAAAGUUUGACAAGAUGAAGAAAGAGCUAGAAAAGAAUUUGGCGGAACAGACAGCCAAGCUGCAGAGCUCAUGCAUUGACAAGCUCAAGACCUGUGAAGACAGCCGUGAUCAAGGUUUGGCCAGCCUGACCAAGCUUGUGAAUUCCAACGAGGCUGAGCUGAGAAAGGAGAUCCGGGCACUACGUCUGGAUAUGGCUGCCGCUGAUGGACCUAUACGAACUCAAAGACAGACCGAUCCAUCAAAAACAGAAGAGGAUCGUAGUGACCACAAAGAUCUGUGGCGUGAGAUUGACCGUAUUGCAGAGGCUCACCGUAUCCUAAAUGUCCGCAUUGACAACGAGCUGGCUCACCUGUCUGCUCCUCGGGAAGACAUCGACAUCAGCCUGAUGAUGGAAGAGCUGGAGGCUCGCAUUAAUAUCACGGAGCUAAAUGCAGAGACUCACUGCUUCUAUAUCGAAGAGAAGCUGACCCGUAAGAUUGCGGAGGAAGUGGCAGCACUCCGGAAGCUUCUGGAGGAGAAUCUGAACAGCAUGGCGGACCAGUUUACUAACAUGUUGGUGGAAAUGAGCAACAGCUCCUUCCCUGGGAUGUUUGGUGACUCCGUGGAUGCCCUCCAGAAAGAAGUCAACAACAAUAAGUUCCUCCUCCAAGGUUUGGAUGAUAAGGUCAAUGCUGUUGGAGAAUUGUGCUCAGCUGGAUGUCCAAGCUCAGGAGUUAGUGCAGCUGAGAACAUUUUGAAGGACCUGACUCGCUAUAGGAAUGAUUUGGACGCUCUUAACACAGACGUCAAUACUAACAAGGACAAGCUCAGGCAACUAGAAAAGUUCCAGAAGGAAUACAACCAGGAUAUGCAGAUGAUAAACUCGACAUGCUGCCAUGCAGGGCACAGUGGCACUGGCAGACCAGCACAGGACAGCUUAGUCUUUGCAGUACCCAGUAACCAGGCAAACGUCACCAGACGGCAGGUGGAGGAACUGAAAAACAGGCUUGAUGCGCUCAGUCGACAGGUGUCCUCUGAUCUGAGUCAAUGUAAACAGAACACCCAGGGUGUUUCUGAUGGCAUUUCUGCUGUGGAUGGACGUGUCACCAGACUUGAAACAGUGUGUGGAAGGUUAGAUGGAGUUUCUGCCAGUAUCAGAGAGCUGAAAGAUGGACUGGAGAGACAUGUUGGUGGUAUCCGGAACUGUGUGUCCAGGAUGAACGUCACCUGUGAGCAUCACGGUGCGGACAUCAUCGCACUGCAGAAUUCCUUGCAGAGGGUCCAGGCACAGCUGUCUGCGAUGGCCAAACAUGUUUUGAAAGAUGUCACCGCCAAAGAACCAGGAAUGACCUUAAGACCAGAGAGGCCCGCUUCUGGGCCAGACUCGACUCCAACCAGGACCAGAGUCCAACAAAUCCACAUCCCUUUCAUCAUCCCACCGCCGCCAUCCAGCCCAAGGCAGCCGUACAAUCCACUGCAGCCCAACGUGCACACCAUUCAGAUCAGCCCGCCAAGCCAGCCGUCCAGCCCCCGCCAACCAGUUCACCCCUCUGUCCCGCUGGUUCCCGUAAGGCCGGUGGUGGAGACGGGUGAGGCAGGACCUCCAGGGUACAGCCGCAGGGUCACUGUGCGGAGAGGAUCUGAGGACUCGUCCAACAUGCCUGUCAAAGGAUUUGCUGGAGCCCCAGGCUAUCCAGCUCUGCAGCCCGUGUCCUUCAAGCCUCAGUCAUUCAGCCGCCAAGUUCCCAUAGCAGCAAAGGUGCCUUGGAACCCGAUCUACCAAGCUCCAGUUGUAUCACCAGUUUCAGCUGACAGCAGCGCCUUUGCAGAUCCUUUCUCCUUCUCUGCUGGACUCACACAGCAGCCGCUCUCUGGAGACUUUGGCUUCAUCCGGUUCAAUAGAGUUCUAGUCAAUGAUGGUGCACACUACAACCCCCACACAGGGAUCUUCACAGUACCUCUGGAUGGCCGAUACCUGAUUUCAGGACUGCUCACUGCACAGCAGGGCGACCGUGUGGAGGCGGUGCUGUCCGUGUCCAACCGCAGCGUCCAGAGGCUGCAGAGCUCAGCGGGGCCUGUAGCCGGUCAACACGGGGGCCCAGCGGGUGCCGACUGUGGCUGCGGAGGCUCAGUGUCCUUCAGUCUCAUCCUGCCCCUGAGGAAAGGAGACCGCGUGGGCCUGGUGAGGACCGGAGGCCAGCUGGCCACCACCGGGGCCAGGGAGAUCCUCUCCACCUACAGCGCCAUCUUCCUGUAUGCGCCUCAGGACAAAAGAUAGCCGGAGCUCAGCUGGACAGAAACAACAAGGACUAGAGUUUGUUCCCAGAUAGUUGGACUGGAGGAAAUGUUGAAGAAGCCUUUCACUGAUUCCUUUACCCCUGUGUGAAGAUCCUCACUUAUAAAUUCAGUUAAAAAGUCAUUACAUUGCAAUUUGUAAGCCAAAUAUACCUGAAUACAAGAAGCAGGAUUUGUUUCUAUUUGAUUAUCAAGUUGCCUUUCUGUACCUAUUGUGAAUGUCUUGUGUAAAUAAGUGUUUAUAAAUUAACAUAAAAAUUCAUAAAAUGUUAUUAUUUUAACAAAACCAUCUCAGAGACUCGGUAUACAUUACGCUCAACAUAUCAGCAGAAUGUGAUAUUGUUGGUAAGGCAAUAAACC